AUGGGUUCCCCAUCGGAAAAUUCGUUCACCGAUAUUUACCGAAAAACUUUUUCACCCGAAGAAAUCGCGGAGGAGGAAGAAGCGGUUACGAGUGCAUGUAUUCUCGUGAUACAAGCAAUGGAACCCGUUCGGCGUUCUCCUCCACGCUCCAUUUUGAGGCGCACAUUUAUCUUACGAGAUCGUGAAGCCACGAACGAGCGAUUGAUAAAAGACUAUUUUGAUCCCACACUGGUUCACAGACCCAAUAUUUUUAGACGGCGGUUUUGGAUGAGCCAAAUGUUAUUUUUGCGCAUUAAUAAUGAUUUGGAAGUUAAGUAUGGCUUCUUUAAGCAAAGAAUGGACGCUAGAGGAUAUUUAGGGUUCACCUCAAUUCAAAAGGUAACUUCCGCUUUACGCAUACUAGCCUACGAAAACAUGUACGACAUCAACGACGAAUCGUUGAUUGUGAUGGGGAAGGUGACGGUUGCAGUGGCGGUGAUUGGAGGUGCAGCGGUGUGUGCUGCAACGGCGUUGGUUGUGCGACACCGGAUGCAGAUAUCAAAACAAUGUGUGAAAUCCGCUGAUUGUGGUGAAAUCUGA